GUGUCUGAAGUUAUGUGCAGGUCUUUGUUUCUCUAACAAGCUUUGCUCAAUACAGACCUGCAGCUUGAAUCCUUUCAGAUAUGCACCCAUUUAACGCCUGUUCACAAUCCAUGACAUAAUGGGGAAAACUAACUCCGUACUGUGCUUUUGUCUUUAGUGCAAAUCUGGAGCACUAACGGUUUGCAAUGGACAAGACCUCAGAGUAUAUAACUCUGCUCCCUUUUGAAAAUAUAUCUCCAAAUGCUUCAACUGAAGGUUAUUCUGUCUUUUCCCAGACUGAGCACAAUAUUGUAGCAGCUUAUCUGAUUACUGCAGGUAUAGUAAGCCUUUUGAGCAAUCUUAUAGUUCUGGGAAUCUUUGUUAAAUAUAAGGAGCUCCGCACAGCAACCAAUGCAAUCAUCAUUAAUUUGGCCUUCACUGACAUUGGAGUCAGUGGGAUUGGGUAUCCAAUGUCUGCUGCAUCUGAUAUACAUGGAAGUUGGAAGUUUGGAAACACAGGAUGUCAGAUUUACGCUGGCUUGAACAUAUUCUUUGGUAUGGCAAGCAUUGGAUUACUUACGGUUGUUGCUAUCGACCGAUACCUGACAAUCUGCAAACCUGACAUAGGAAGAAGAAUUACAGGCUGUCACUAUGCGGCUCUUAUCCUUGCUGCAUGGAUAAAUGCUGUCUUCUGGUCUGUGAUGCCCAUAGUGGGAUGGUCAAGUUAUGCUCCUGAUCCCACUGGAGCUACAUGUACCAUUAAUUGGAGGAAAAAUGAUGCGUCUUUUGUGUCAUAUACAAUGAGUGUGGUUGCAGUAAAUUUUGUGAUCCCACUCCUGGUGAUGUUUUACUGUUAUUACAAUGUGUCCCGCACCAUGAAAGGAUAUAGCAGCCGAAACAGCCUUGGCAACAGCAACGUGGACUGGUCAGAUCAAGCCGAUGUAACAAAGAUGUCUAUGGUGAUGAUCGUGAUGUUCCUGGUGGCCUGGUCUCCUUAUUCUAUUGUAUGCUUAUGGUCAUCCUUCGGGGAUCCAAAACAAAUCUCACCAGCUAUGGCCAUAAUAGCUCCUCUAUUUGCCAAAUCCUCAACCUUCUACAAUCCUUGCAUUUAUGUCAUAGCUAACAAAAAGUUCAGAAGGGCUAUAUUCUCCAUGAUCCAAUGCAAGUCCAGACAGGAAGUUACACUCGACAACCACAUCCCAAUGAGUGUUUCCCAAAGUACACUGACAUAAGGACUCUUAGAAAUUAUCCCCAGUCUUCAUUGUGCCUGCAUAUAGCAAUAAAAGACAAUUACAAUAUUUUAAUAAUGUACUAAAUAGACAUUUUGUUUUCUCUGAUAAUAUUUCUUCGUAAAACCCUACUUUAUUUCUUAUACUAUAUGCACUUUUGUGUAUAAUGGCUUC